CAGGUGGCACUGCCAGCCAGUACGUGACCUUAGUUGAGAGGCCAUUAGUUGCCUUCUACCUAAUAUUAUUGGUGUAAAUCCUUACUUUGUAAACUACAAUUUCGUCAAGGAAACAGAAAUGUAAAAAUAUAAUGAAUAUCGGUUGAGGUUGAGGGCGUUGCGGGUGUGCUGAGAGGGACGCCUGGUGCGCGACCCUGACUUACCCAGUGGCUGGUGAACACACCCUGAGCUGCCGAAGAAGGAAAGCUUUGCUGGUGUCAAACAUGUCAUUCCUCACCUGAACUCGAUGGAUAUUUUGUUCAAGUUUAUGGUGGCGUCUCUCGGGUGAAGACCGUAGUGUGGUGAGCCAGGGGAGGCGACCGUGAGUCUGUGUGGGGUAAAAUGAGCAUCGUGUGGAGGUGGUCUGGGGUUGGUGUGAGUGUUCGUGUUUUUCAAGGUGGUAGUGUCCAGGACAUGUCUAGGUGAAGGUGUCCAGUACCUAUAUCGGUGAAGGUGUCCACGACCUGUACUGGUAAAUGUGUCCACAGCCUGUCCAGAUAAAGGUGUUCAUGACCUGUGCAGUUGAAGGUAUCCAAGACCUGUCCAGGUGAAGGUGUCCACGACCUGCCUAAGUGAAGGUUUCCAGGACUUGCCCAGGUGAAGGUGACGAAGCUACCCCUACAUUGCUGCCUUCAUGCUGGAGGAAGGUAUAUACCAGCGUGUGGCCCUCGAGUCGCCCUCACAGUCGCCAACACAAUCCAGCGACCACCUCCUGGACAAUAAGUGUGUCCAGUCGAGUGCCAGCUCAUCCUCAGACAACCUAGAUGCAACCUCUCCGAAGGACGUGCACCCCAAGACCAAGGUGAAGAUGGCAAGCGUUAAACGCAAGUGGCAGAUUUUUCCAGGUCGCAACAAGUUUUGUUGCGAUGGGAGGAUAAUGAUGGCUCAACAGACAGGCAUCUUUUAUUUCACCGUCGGACUCAUUGUUGUUACAAAUGUACUCUUCUUCGUCUUUGACUGUCCCUUCCUGGCGAAGCACUUGACGGCGGCCAUCCCAGCGUUUGGGGGUCUCCUGUUUAUUUUCGUCAUGUCUUCCCUAUUUCAUACAUCCUUCACUGACCCGGGGAUAAUUCCAAGAGCCACAGCUGAUGAGGCCAUCUAUACUGAAAAACAGAUUGAGGUGCCCAAUUCUGGUAACGGUCCCAGACUCCGCCCUCCACCUCGCACGAAAGAAAUCGUUGUAAAUGGCGUAACCGUGAAGCUUAAAUACUGUUUUACCUGCAAAAUAUUCAGACCACCUAGAGCGUCUCAUUGUUCAAUCUGCGAUAAUUGUGUUGAACGAUUUGAUCACCAUUGUCCGUGGGUUGGAAACUGUGUUGGCAGGAGAAACUACAGAUAUUUUUACCUUUUCAUCAUAUCUCUUGCCUUUCUCUGCGUAUUCAUCUUCUCUUGUGUUAUUGCACAUCUUGUCAUAUUCAUGAAUAAGGAGAAUGAAACUUUCAUGGUAGCUGUGCAGAAGAAUCCUGCUUCAGUCGUAGAAGGCGUCAUAUGCUUUUUCUCUGUGUGGUCAAUCCUGGGACUAGCAGGAUUCCACACCUACCUCACAACAUCAAAUCAAACAACAAACGAAGAUAUUAAAGGUUCAUUCACUGCACGCCGAGGGCAGACAAACUUUAACCCAUAUGGUUAUGGUAACUUCUGUCUUAACUGCUUAGCAGUUUUAUGUGGCCCAGUCCAACCCAGCCUUAUAGAUCGUCGGGGUGUUGUAACACUGGAGUACCUGACAAGUACACAAGGUAAAGUGGCUGAAAGUCAGGUACUUUCCAGAAGUUAUGGCACGGUCUACACAGCCCAGCCUACAAAUGGCAUGGUGCCUCAACGAGCUGGCUCAGAGGCUCCAGUGGGCACACAGGCCAGUGGUGGUGUGGGAGGCACUAGUGGCACCAGCACUGGCACUAUGGAGGCUGGAGUGGCUGGCUCAUUAAAAAAGAAAUCCUCAUCAACUCAGUCGAUAAAUGGAAAAGAAGCAGUGAGUAGUACUCCAGCAGGCCCGACAUCCCCUGUCAAUCCUCUUCAUACAACUGUGGGGUCAACUUUGGCCCCUGCAGCCAUUCACCAGCCACAGGCCAGUCCCGGAGAAAACACUGUGGUGGGGAACAGUACAAGUGUUACCACCAGUGGUAGUGUGGGGGGCACAACAGGGGUGUCAACCAGCCAAUUAUAUCUUCUAGACAGCUCAUAUGAUCUUGACUUGGACUCAAUAGAUGGCUCAGUGUCUCAGCCUUCACACUCAGAGUCAUCUCAGUUGGGACUGAUACACAGUAAUGCUGUAUAGCCCUGUGCUAACAUAGUCCUCACAGAAUAUCUUCCUAAAUGUUAUGUAGGGGACAGAGUGUGGCUUAUACAUGGAUUUUUGUGUUGGCAUGAGUCUCCCUUGAACUAUGUGUAUCUUUGUUACACUCUCAGUGAUAUAGUGAAGAUGGUUGCUGGAUGUAUAGACCAGUUGGUGACCAGUGAAUGUGAGAAGAAAAUCUUUUUCCAUUUUAAUAGUACAUUUUUUGUGGAAUAGUUUACAUAACAGAAAAAUAUAUGCAAUAAAAGAUGUAGAACCUUUAAAGAGGAAGUGAAGCUGUGUGAAGAUAGAAAUCUGACAUUGAGUGAGAAAAGAUUUUGAUCUGUUAAGACUGAGUUAACUCUGUGUUGCACAAUCAAAUCCUUACUUGUGUUAAGAUUUGCAUCAUGUUUUAUGUGUGUGUAUGUAUGCGUGCAUGCAAGUGAGAGUGUGUGGUGUGUGUGUAUGCAGCUGCCAUGCAGGUUUGUAUCUGCAUUAGUCUGAUUGAUUUUAGUGUCUGCAUGUAUGUGUGCUUGUAUGUUUUGUGUGCAUGCAUACAUGAAUACAUAAUAUACAGUACAUAGAUUAUAGAAUUGAUUUUUCUUUUUCUUUGUGUUCCAGUGAAGCAGCAUGACAAGUUACGUGUAAACAUUGUGAAUAUUUUCAUUAAUGAAUGUGCUAUUUAGUCAUGUUGUUUAAUCUUUGUACUUGAGUCUCUCUUGAGUUUAUCAUGUUUGAGGAAGAAAUAUGAGGUAAUGUUUCCUGAGAAUAGGUGACCAAAGUUUUAUGUCUGUAUAGAGAGCCUUUUGCUGUAGAGCCAUAGGAGGCCUUGGCAAAGAACACUUGUUUAACUUAUUAUGGAGUCUAUGGUAAAACAUGUUAGCCUUUGUGAUGUUGCAACUUGUAAAGCAUAUUAAUUGCUGACAACAGGCCAAGAGUUUUAUAAAGUUGGUCAGUGUUAUCCAUUUUCCCAUACUGUAUAUAGAAAACUCAUCCCGGGUACAUGAGAGGUUUCAGUAUCACUCCUCAAGGUCCCACAGGCGAGACACCUACUGUAUAUUGUCCUCACCUAUAUUGUUUUCAUGCUCUGACAUCAGGUCAAACUUUUGUCUUUUGCUUGUAUGUGAUUUACAGGUUCUUUAUAAACAUCACCUAUAUUGAGAUGAAGGAUAAAUUUAUUUAUUAUUCCACCUGACUGAAGAUGCAAUGUUUGACAUGUAAAUAAUGAUCAUUUAUAAUGCAGUAGAUCUUUUAACUUGUACAAUGUAUUGUGAAUUAUAUUGAUGACCAAGUAAGGGUGUGUGUGUGUGUGUGUGUGUGUAAUAAUAAAUAAUAAUAAUAAUAAUAAUAAUAAUAAUUAACGGUUUAUUGAAAGAGCUUGGCAGCCAGAAGGCUGAAAAUAUACAGUUACA